UCGUACACAAAACACAUAUGCAUCACCCAUACUUCAAAUAAUCCAACUACAAUUACGUAUGCUCUUACAUCAUAACCAUCAAAUAAUAUAAUUUUGUAGUCUUCAUCACUCUUAUAAAGGAUAAGGACACUGCAGAGGGAAAACCACAAAACCAAGAGAGGGAACUUCACUGCUACCCAUUUUUCAUUUGCCUCUUGUAGCCAUGGUUCUCCAAAAAAAUCCUCACUUUGUAUUAUUCCCCUUUAUGGCUCAAGGCCACAUCAUCCCCAUGAUGGACAUUGCAAGAAUAUUGGCACAGCGUGGUGUGAUUAUCACAGUAUUCACAACCCCAGAAAACGCAUCACGUUUCAAUUCUGUCAUAUCUCGAGCUGUUUCAUCGGGCCUCAAAAUCCGUUUUGUACAACUAAAUUUUUCAUCAAAAGAAGCAGGGCUACCCGAAGGGUGCGAGAAUUUGGACAUGGUCUCUUCAAAUGAUAUGUCCAAAAUUUUCCAAGUCAUCCACAUGCUCCAAAAGCCAGCAGAGGAGUUCUUUCAAACACUUACACCUAAACCAAGUUGCAUAAUCUCAGAUUUCUGCAUCUCUUGGACUGUUCAAUUAGCUGAAAAGUAUCACAUUCCAAGGAUUUCUUUCCACGGAUUUUCUUGUUUUUGCCUCCACUGCCGGCACCUCAUACAUACUUCAGAUUUUUGCAAAAGCAUCACUUCACAAUCCGAAUACUUCACCAUUCCCGGCAUACCCGACAAGAUUCAAGUUACCAAAGAGCAGUUACCAGGAUCACUUGCCACUGAUUUGAACGACUUUAAAGAGCAGGUGCGUGAUGCUGAAAAGAAGUCUUAUGGGGUUAUCGUAAAUACUUUCGAAGAGUUGGAGAAGGCAUAUGUGAGGGAAUACAAGAAGGUUAAAAAUGAUAAGGCGUGGUUCAUUGGUCCUGUUUCAUUAUGCAACAAAGAUGAUUUGGACAAGGCUCAAAGAGGCAACCAGGCUUCAAUUAACGAGCACCAUUGCUUGAAGUGGUUAGACUUGCAUCAACCCAAGUCUGUGGUGUAUGUUUGUUUUGGAAGCAUAUGCAACUUGAUUCCUUCACAACUUGUGGAGCUGGCCUUGGCCUUGGAAGAUACAAAAAGGCCAUUUAUAUGGGUUGUAAGGAAUGGAAGCCAGUUCCAAGAACUGGAAAAGUGGAUCUCCGAGGAAGGGUUUGAGGAAAGGACCAAAGGGAGAGGCCUUAUAAUACGAGGUUGGGCACCACAAGUAAUGAUACUAUCACACCCUUCCAUUGGAGGAUUCUUAACACACUGUGGUUGGAAUUCAACGCUUGAAGGGAUAAGUGGUGGAGUGCCACUUGUUACUUGGCCUCUGUUUGGUGAUCAAUUUUUAAACGAGAAACUUGUUACUGAUGUGUUGAAGAUUGGGGUGAGGGUUGGGGCAGAGGUUCCAUUGAAGUGGGGAGAGGAAGAGCAGAAAGGUGUGACGGUGAAGAAGGAUGAUAUUAAGAGGGCGAUAUGCAUGGUGAUGGAUGAAGAUGAAGAAGAAACCAAAGAGAGAAGAGAAAGGGUAAGUAAAUUGAGUGAAAUGGGAAAGAGAGCUGUUGAAGAAGGAGGCUCUUCUCAUCUCAAUGUCACUUUGCUUAUCCAAGACAUUCUGCAACAAACAACUACCAAAGAGGAUGCAAAUUUGACGCACGUUUGAAGAUUCUCCAUUCACAUGUUGACGUACUAUUCCUUUCAUCUUUAAGUUCAUAUAAUAUAACCCCUAUUUGUUAUGGUUAAUAGACAGAAGCAGUUUCAUUUAUGGAGGGAACAUUCAAAAGCGAGAGGGAAUAUUUUGAUAUAUAACAACCAUGAAUCAUAAUCUAUUGAAUAAAGUUAUUUAAUUUAAAUAUAAAAAUAACAAAUAGAUUGGAAAGUGGGAGUAAAAUAUGUGUCUAGUGGACAACAUGGUCCAUUGAUUUGUCUCUGUCCAAUGACAAACUGUAUACGUCCAUGCGCUAUAGUUGUUUGUCUUAUUGUGUCACUUUCGCUACAUCUAUAUCUGCACGUGAUACAUUAUCACUUUAGGUAUUAGUUAUAUUUUUGUCUCGUGAUUUGUUUACUUCUAUUUUUGUUUAAUUUCGAAAUAAAUAGUUUUAUUUUAUCUUGUCA